AUGAAUUGCCUUUCUAUUAAUAUUCGUGGAAUUGGGAUUGAUGGGAAGUCGAGGUGGAUAAAAAGACUGAAGAACGAGUUUGGUAUUUCUUUUAUCGGUAUGCAAGAAACUAUGGCUAGUAAUUUACAUAGUGGUUUGAUGACGAAUUUCUGGGGUGGUAUGGGGUAUGAUUGCGAGAUCGUGGAUGCAAACGGUCAUUCGGGAGGUAUAGUUUCAUGUUGGGACCCAAAGAUUUAUGUGAAAGACUAUGUAUUGAAAGAUAAUAAUUUUUUGCACGUAUCCGGUUUGCUUGUUGAUGGGUUGGUUCGUCUUAAUAUAAUUAAUGUGUACGCUCCUCAACAAAAUGUUGAGAAACGUAUACUUUGGGAGAAAAUUCUUCGGGUUAAGCAAGCCAGGCAGGGAUGGUGGAUUAUUUUUGGUGAGUUUAAUGCAGUUCGAGACUCGUCAGAGAGAAAGAAUUCUAAUUUUGACCCGGUGUGUGCCAGAGAUUUCAAUGAUUUUAUUGAUGAAGCGGGUCUUCAGGAAUAUAAUUUAAAAGGCAUGAAAUAUACAUAUUUGACAAAUAGGGGAGGCGAUUGCAAGAUGAGUCGAAUUGAUAGGAUUUUGGUGUGUUCUAAUGUAUUUAACAAGUGGCCGAACGCUUACGUUAGAGCUUUGAAGAGAGAGCUUUCUGAUCACUCGCCUAUUGAAACGAAUUUUGGAUCUAAGCCUUUCAGGUGGUUUGAUUCCUGGUUCGAGAGACAAGGGUGUGAGGAUUUAGUUAUCUCGGUUUUACGGGAGAACAUAGUUCAAGGCCCGUCAGACGUAGGUUUAAGCAUGAAGCUCAAAUGUUUACGAGAUAGGCUGAAAAUAUGGCACAAAAGUUGGAAGUCCAAAGAGAUGGAAGACGAGGUGAGGCUGAGAUCAGAAAACGAGGAGCUCGAAACUUUGAUGGAGUAA